AUGGAAUCUGCUAAAGGGAAGGAAAAAGACCAGAAGAAGAACGAAGAGCCAGAAGAUGGUGCCCGAGCUGCAGUCAGACCUGUGGUUUCCUUCUCACCAAACUGGGCCACAAUAUCUCUGCAUGACUCUAUAACUCUCAUAUGUAAUGUGGGUUUUACUUCUCUACUAAACCAGAGAUAUUCCUGGUACAAGGACAAUGAGAGGAUAAAGGGAGAGGAACAGAACUUUAGAAUUGAGAAUGCAGAAGAGAAGGACAGUGGGAAUUACCAGUGUCAAACUGGAACCAGUGAGAGAAGUGACCCAGUGACACUGAAUGUUACAAAUGAUCGUGUGAUUCUGCAGGCGCCCCCCAGUGUCUAUGAAGGGGACCCCCUGACUCUGAGAUGUUACACUCCUAAUGCUACAAGAAAAGAAGUAACUUUCUAUAAAGAUAAUGUAAACAUAUCAUCCUCCCCUAAUGAUACAGUCACAUUGGAUAUGAGUGUGGGAAUGACUGGUACAUACAGAUGUAAAGCAUUGCUGCCGUCAGAAAUACAUCAUUACUCUCCUUAUACAUCUGAAGAAAUAGUCAUAACCAUCCAAGAACUGUUUUCCAGGCCAGAGAUCAGAGCAAAUAAUAAUUCAUUACAGGAGGGAGAUCUACUGACCAUAUCCUGCCAUACAGUCCUUAAUCCAGCCAGAGCCAAUACAGAGCUACAGUUUGCUUUCUACAGAAAUGGGCACAAUGUGCAGGGAUUUCAUUCAUCCAAUCAUUACACCAUCCAAUCAGCUCGGCCUCAGGACUCUGGCAAUUACACCUGUCAUACAGCAGCUCUAUCAGUCAGUGUAACGAAGGGGAGCAAAGAGCUAACCAUCUACAUACAGGGUGAAUAUGAUGCGCCAGGUAAGGAUUCACUGCUAAAGCAAAGGUAGGCUUGGAUGGAAGUGACUGGGAGACCUUUCUGCUUCCAAAAAUCUGAAUUACUAAGAUUAUAUAAGAG